UGGCACGUGUAUUUGCCUGGCCCGUUGGUGCACGUGGCUCCAUUUUGACAUUCAUUUGAGGCACAGUAAUCUGGAGCAACCUCACAUUGCGUCCCACUGUAUCCGUUGCUGUGUCGCAUUUGGACGAAAUCAACAUCGUGUGGUUGGUGCCUUUGGAGAAGAAAUCUGGGUCGUAGAGAAAAGACGUGAAAUGCAAUAAACAUGCGCUGGAUUCUUUCAUGUUGGCUAUAUCAGCUGCUGUCUUAAUGCCCGAAAAAAGAUAUGGUGAGCGACUGGAGUUUAUGGUCAUCAUGCACAGCAACCUGUGGUGGUGGAUACAGACAGAGGGAUCGGGUGUCACGAUGUGUGAACGAGCUACCAUGCCCCUGUACCUCAAACGAAUGUUUAGACUCCGAAUCUUGUGGCAAGACUUGUUACAAUAGCGGAACGUAUGUUGAGCAUAGUUUAAAUGAGACAUUCUGCAAUUGCAGUGAUGGGACCACUGGAACGUGUUGUGAAACAAUUGUUACUUGUGGACAGCCUAGUGAGAUUUCCUUCGGGAAUUUUACCGGGAGCGACUUCGAGUACGGCAGCCAUGUUGUGUACACUUGUGAUCAAGGCUACAACAUGACCGACCAGACCUCUGCAACACGUACAUGCUCAAAAUAUGGAGUGUGGUCAGGGGAACUACCACAGUGUUUGUACGCAGAAUCAUGUAGUGGGAGCCACUGUCAAAACAACAGCACCUGUGUAAACAUGCUUGGUGACUAUGAAUGCAUUUGUGAAACCGGGUGGACUGGGAAGAACUGCGAAAUAGAUAUACAACCCCCUGUCAUGCAGGGUUGCCCAGUUGAUCGAGAAGUGUUCGUGUCAAAUAUGACCAGUGUACAAACAUGGGGAGUCCCAGUCUUUCUUGAUCCGCACGGAUUUGAAGUUGUUGUCACUAGCAACUUCCGGAGCAACUCCUUCGAGUUUCCAUGGGGUGUGCACACAGUGCAGUAUGCGGCUGUAAAGCCUUCGAAUGGUUUGACGGCUGAGUGCACUUUCACUAUCCGCAUCAAACCUUACCCCUGCAAACAACUGCCCUCGAUUUCCAACGGUGUCUUAGUAUGCAAUGGCUUUGAAACAGAAUACACGAACAUCUGCAAGUAUUAUUGCCUAACUAACUACACUUACCCAGUCGGACUAUCGAAAGACACAACGUUUGUUUGCGGGGCCUCUGGAAACUGGCUUCCUUUUGCGACAGUUGGCAGUUGCAUUCCUUCAGAUAUUGCCGACAUUGACGACAUCGGGCAUACCUUUGGGGGCUGCCACAGCGAGACGGAUGCAUAUAAUAUAGGGACCACCUAUAUAACCGAACUGAAUAACACGGCAUUCUAUUCACUUUGUCAGAACUAUCCGGAAAAGUGUUUGCCAAACAACGUGAAUAUUGUAUGUUGAAAAGUAUGCAGCGGAUAGCGGUUCGAAUAUUGUAUUAUGUCGCAUGAACAGAUCAUAUCUGAUAAAUAAAUUUUAUAAGUAACCAAUUGAUGCUUUGAACAUUUGUUUUAAUGAAUACUUUGUUUGCUGUAUAUGCUCUAAGUAAAGCAAAUUUAUUUUAUGCAUUAGUUGUAUGACUUAAAAUGCUUAAACGUUUAACGCAGCAUACGUUAGCAAAAGGGACAACUGUGCUAGUUGAUUCAACUCAGAAAAAAAGUAAAACAUACAGGAGUAUACAUUGAGAAGUUCAAAAGACAUAAUCCAAGAACGCACCAAAGUCCAUCUUGAAAGGAAAUCAACCAUUA